GGGGGGGUUACUAGCAAAGGGUUGGUAGGCACCAACAAUAGAACAGUCGACAGCACGUCCAACACCGCGCUCUCCUUGGUCGGAGGCUAAUACACAUAACGUAGUUCACAAGCGAGCGGUCCAACCCAAGCGAGUGGUCCACCUAACAGAGUUAAGAUGAUUGCAAUGCAUAUGCUGCAACACCACCACCACUUACUGCAAUUUGCAGGUGAUAGAGAUACUAUUUAGACUCGUCGCUAUCAGAUGCAUCUACAAUUUCAACUGCACAGGUGCGAGCGUUGUGGCCAGUCUCUCCACAACGUCCGCAACGCCUCUGUGUGUGCACCUUCUUUGCAGGCUCUCCGCCCCCCUGCUGCCCACUACCCUCCCUUUCAGCUAUUAAAUCAGCUACCUCACCUACUGUGAGACUCUCUGCUGCCCGAAUAUACUUCCUCUUUCG